AUGGCGUAUAGAAUCAUUGGCCUCUCGUUUCGCCUACUCGCCUUUUACUUCACCUUCUUGAUCAUCAAAUCAAUCUACCAAGCUAUUUCGCCAAUCUCGGCGCACAACAAAGGCGAAAUCAUUAACUAUGGAGCCGAACAUAUCCAGCAGCGGUUCAGAGACUUACAAAACAUCUCACCAGGUUUCAACUAUUUCGUGCAGACAAUGUAUCAAGUGAUCGCACAAGUGCUGCUCACCAUGACGAUACGGUAUAACAUUACUGUCGCCAUACUCACAGGCAUAUCCAUGGCUUUUGGUCUCUUCUCGGCUCUUCUCGUCCUUGCGGAUUUUUUCUUGGAAUUAGGCAUGGGAGUGGUAGAAAAGCUUGCCGAAUUGUCAUCGGACGGUGAAGAAAAGAGACCUGAGAAUAUUGCCGAAUGGUCAUCGGACCAUAAAGGAAAGAGGCGUAGAAAGAUUGCCGGAGGAUCGUCGAACCGUGGGGACAAGAGACUUGAAAAGCCUGCAUUUCCCAAGAUGCCCGUGUCUUCUGUCUCCUCCAGGUGGUGA